AUGGGAUACCCCAUAGCCGAGAAACAAAAUGAGUCAGAUGGAAAUUCAGCGGAUAUUGCUGACGCCCUGCCAACAGAAUAUGUGAUGGAGGCGCUGGUGGACACCGCUCACGUGCUGGAUAAGGAGCACAUCUGUUGCGUCUGUGACGAUGCUAAGGCUGACUUCAUCUGUAUGCAGUGCCUGGACAUGAUACGUCUGGCUGCCAGCCGCCCUGCACUGUGUGCUGACCACGGCGACAAACACGCGGAGUUCUUCUGCCGCGAGCACCGCCUCGCUGUCUGCAAAUCCUGUAAGUCCGAGAAUCACAGAGAAUGUUCAAAAGUAAACGAUCUUGACGUUGAAAAAGAGACAGCUCAUCACUCACUAGGGAAAUGGACAAAGAUUCUCGAACAGACGGAGCAGAAACUAGAGCAGGCCAUAGGUCAGCUGACUUCGCGUCUGCAGGAAAUCAGUAAAAAUGAAGAUGAGGACAUGGCACAGGUGGACAAGACAUGCGAACGACUUCGAAAACUUGUGGAUGAUUUUCGAGACAAAUUAAAGGAGAAUAUUUGUACUUCACAUCGCAAAAUCUGGAAUUCUUCACAUGACCUCAGGGAAGAACUAAGCGCGCGGCUAGGAAGAGUGGUGUCACAUAAGCAGAUAGUUUCACGAGCCAAGGCAGUCGCACCAACUGCUGCUGUAAUACAAGCAAGAAAUCUUCUGACAAAGAGAGUCAACAGCCUUAAGCUAAGUGCUGACCUGGAAGAAAAGGCUUGGGCAACUUCUUUAACAAGUGCAAGAGGAUGCGAGGACGUGGCCAUGUGGAUAGAGGAAGGACUACAAACCUUGACACAGCAGAUAUCUAAGCCUGAGGCCUGAGUCUCAUGUGAACUUAUACCUGCACCUAGCUGAACCAAACUGGGAUCACGGCUCUCCAAGUACUAUAUAUUUGUUUUGUCUUCCCUCAAUUUCGGCUAAUCUGAGACUGAUUGAGAAGGCUUUUGAUUAAUCUGAGAUUUCUAAAACUGAUUUUCUGUUAACCUGAUAGUGUUUAACAAGAAUUUUAUUUAUCUGAGGAUGAGAAAGAUUAUAAACUGUCUUUACUAUUGCUUUUUUCGCCAUGAUUAGCUCCACUUCUGUCUUGUGUUUAUCAAUACGCCAUCAUGAAUACAUGAUUGAGAAAUGGGAUUCUCUUAUUGCACAAAUAAAAACCUGUUAAUAUUAGAGUAAGAAACAUUUCUACUAUUUGUUAAGCUCUUGGUCAGACAGGUCAGCUGUAACCACUGAAAAUGAGAUAUCUCGCGCAAAAAAAAAUUUAAACAAAACACAUAAAUAGUAUACCAAUUGUGCUAUCUUUAAACUAUUUAAUAACUCUUUUGUUGGAAUUAUUAGUAAAAAACCCAAUCACGCAUUUGGGAGUUCCAUUUAAAGAUAUUUUACGUGGAUCUGGUACUCAGGCCCAUUCAAGAAGAUACCAGAUUUUUUUAAUUGUAAAACAGCAAUCAAUACGAACUUUAUACUUUUCUUAUCAACAGUGUGUGGUUGUAUGGGUGUGUAAUGUGCUGUGACACCAGAACACAAUUAUAUGUACAAUUACUCUUCUUGUACCACUUUAUCAUGCAUAAAAUAAACCACAUUUGUUUUUGAUGCAUAUAUUUUUGUUAGCCACUGCAAAUAAUGUGUAAUUUGACUUACAGAUGUUAUGAUGUAACAUUUUUAUUUUCUGUAUUACAAAAGUGAGAAUGACAUAAAGUGUUUUAUCUGUUGUAAAAAAAAACCUUAAUGAGCAAAGUUUUGUUUAAUGUACUGCUUUGCUUUGAAAGUAUUCUACAUUUGCAUCUCAGUAAUUCGGAGUUGCUGUUGUUGAUCAGACGAUUUUGAAGUUUAUUCCAUAUGAAUUUUACUGUCAUUUAAUUUCACAAAUUUACUAUCAAAAUCCAAAUAACUUUUCUAGCUAAGUUUAUAGAAAUUUAAUUUUAAAAAAUGUAUAUAGAUUUUAUAAUACUUUAUUUAAUAUUUAUAUCUGAAAUCUAAUAGCAUAAGUACAGACAUGCAUCAAUCCAUUUCAAUUACACAUAUGCUCAUGUUCUCAGAAAUGUGUCAAGUUAAUAGUCAAUACAAUUACAUAUUAUAAUAAUAAUGUGAACUUAUAUCCUUUUCACCCCAAACAUUCGGAGUUAUCGAUCAUAACACAAAAUGUUUCUAUUUUAUGUUUCUUUUCUUCCUGACAUACAACUCUCACAUUUAUAACAAAGAGCGUUGGUUUUGUUUCUUUCUGUAUUUAUUAAUUUUUUACUUUUCAUAUUGAUCUUGCUAGUCAGCUAUAUUAAUUACUCUUUUGUUCUUAUUUUUAUUAUUAUUAGACAAUGAAGAGAGAAUUCCACAAGAGAGAAGACCUUUAUUGCUUUUAAAAUAAAAUCUCUUCAC